AUGAUUCUUGUUUGCGUGGAACUUCCAAAAAAGAUUGGAAUACUGCUGGUAAACACCGGUACACCUUCCAACUAUAGUUACUGGUCGAUGAGAAGGUAUUUAAAAGAAUUCCUUAGUGAUCCUCGGAUGAUCGAAAUCCCGCGCAUCCUCUGGUGGCCUAUCUUGCACUGGUUCAUCUUGGCUAUCCGUCCAUUUAGUGCAGGCAAAUGCUAUAAAUCGAUUUGGAAUAUGACUGUGGAUGAAUCUCCCUUACGUACUGUGACUCGUAGUCAGGCAAUAAAAUUGGCUGACCGUUUACGUCAACAACCGGUUGUAGUUGAAUGGGCAUUUCGCUAUGGUGAGCCAUCCAUUGCCUCACGGAUUCAGAAAAGAAAAAUUUCAGGAUGUGAUAAGCUUGUGCUCUUCCCGCUCUUCCCACAUUUUUCAGCCGCUACUAGUGCAUCAGUUUUCGAUGAGACAUGUCGUCAUUUGAUGAAACAACGACGUCAGAUGGCAUUAUCAGUUGUGCCAGCGUUUUAUGACAAUGAUUUAUACGUGAAGUCAGUCAUCAAGCAACUUAAUAAUAAUUUGUAUAAAUUUCGGGCAUCACCUCAGGUAAUUAUUGUGUCAUAUCAUGGAAUACCGCUAGCAUAUCAAUCAAAGGGAGAUCCAUACGGAUUUCAGUGCAAAUAUACGACGGCUCUUAUACGCAAAUAUUGUGAAGUAAUAAACUGUGAUUUUCUGACAACGUUCCAAUCUCGAUUUGGACCAGCUGAAUGGUUAAAGCCUUAUACUGAAGAAACUGUUGUGCAACUCGCCAAAAAUGGAGUAAAACGAAUUCUUGUAAUUGCACCAGGUUUCCUUGCUGAUUGUCUUGAAACAGUGGAUGAGCUUGAAGUUGAGCUUGCGCAUUCUUUCCGUAAUUAUGGUGGAGAAGAGUUCGUGUAUGUGCCAUGUUUAAAUGAUAGUAUUGAAGGAGUUGAUGUGUUGGAAGCACUUGCACUAAAGCAUAUUCAGUGCUUCCUUUAA